AUGAGGUUUACAAAAAUUGUUGAUGAUUUAAUAAAUUUGAGUUGGACAAGAGCAACAAGAGGGAAUGUUGGAUCCAUAAAUGUUUCUCAAGUCAGAUCAGUUAUUGAAGAGAUGCAGAACGCUUUAGGGGUUGAUUCAUUAUUAAAAGAAAAUGAAAUUGGGUAUCUAGAAGAUUUAAUGUCAACUAAGAAAUCCCUACAAAUUAAAAAAGACGAAUUUAAAGGUUUUUUAUUAACAUUGGUAAGUUGUGAUGAUUUUGAAGAUUUAUUUCAAAAACGAUUUGGAUUGAAAGAGCUGGAUAUACUGCGACGUUUAGAUAUUCCAAUAGUAAAUUCUGGUGGUAUAAGGGAAGAUCAUGUGCGUCCAGUAGUAGUUAAAUCUCAGUAUUCUCCCACACUGAAUAAAAUAUCCGGUAGAAUGACACAUGGAAUCAAACAGAAAACUAUAGCAGAACUUCAGCAAGAAGUCUUGGAAUUGAAAGAGAAGAAUUUGAGACAAGAAACAAAAAUUGCAUUUCUAGAAAGUCAAGUUUCCGAACGAAAUAACAGUGAGACAUAUUUGGAAUCUCGAUUAUCAAAAAUCGCUGGUGAGAAGUUGAAAUGUCGAGAUCGGGAAAUUGAAAGGUUAAAGAAAAUGUGUCUUGAUAAGGAGAAAACCAUUAGUGAAUAUCAGAGGCGAGAAAGUGAGGUUAUCUAUGAGAUCGAUCAGACAAAUAAGCUAUUACAGGAUCAAAAGGAAUUAAUUCAGAAAUUGCAAGAAGGACUUCUGGAACAAAUAGAAGAGGAUGAUUAUUCCAGGAUAAAGCAGUUCAUUAUGAAUCUUCCCAUACUUAAUCAGUAUAAAAUCUUUUUGAAAUACAAGCAUGGGAUUAAAAGCUCAAAAGUGUUUUAUUUGAACGUAGCUGCAUUGAUUGCUACCGCCCUUAUAAUAGCUCUAGCUUUCGGGCAAAUGUUUUACUGGGCCAUGCGCAUACUUUCAGGUCGAACAGUAAUGCUUGGAUAUUAUUAUCCAGAACGAUGGUCAUUAACAGGCACCUUGAAUGGCUUUUGGAUAUGGCUUAGACUCCUUGUAGCUGAAAUCUUUGGAUGA